GCUAUUGACAUUUCCUGCAGGGUUGUUGAGCUCUUUACAUGUGUUUCUGUUUCAUCUGUCUUUCCCCUCAUGAAAUGCUUUUAAAAAAACAUUUCAGUUUUCUAGUGAGAUGCGCAUUCUACAAUUAUGAUUUAUAUUUUUUUGGCCAAUUUAACUGACAAUUAAUUUCAUGCAAACAAAACAAAAGAAGGAACAUAUUGGAUGAUAUAUUCUAACUUAAUAGCUUAUUACCGCAAAAUAAAAAAAAUUCUUAUUAUUUUUAGAGAUAAAAAUUUAUAAAAGCCGAAAUUUUCAAUUUAAAAGCAACAGUUUUCAUUAAAACGUUCUAAGGAUAACACACUAUACAAUAACAAUAACAAAGAAAAGCGUCUGCCAAAAUGUUAGAUUGGACUAGUAAACAUGUUGUCUAUGUUGGUGGCUUUACCGGCGUUGGUUAUCAAGUCUGUCAAAUGCUUAUGAAGAAACGAAUUAAGUUCUUAGUUGUUUGUGGUUCAAUGGAAAAUGUUGAAAUGUUGAAGAAAUUGCAGGCAAUAAACAGUGAGAUCAAGGUACUGUUUGUUCAAGUGAAUAUUGCCGAUUAUUCGAGUAUUGUCAAGGCUGUACAAGAAGUUAUUAGUUAUGUGGGUAAUGUUGAUGUUUUGAUCAAUGGGGCUGACGUUUUAGCUGAUAAGGAUAUUGAUACAACGGUGGCUGUUAAUUUGACUGGUCUAAUUAAUACCACCGUAUUGUUUUUGCCCCAUAUGGAUAAAACUCAAUUCGGACAUGGUGGUACUGUAGUAAACAUGUCUUCAGUCUAUGGCCUAGAACCUGGACCAGCUUUUAGUGUUUACUCAGCUGCUAAACAUGGUGUUAUAGGUUUUACAAGAUCUAUGGCGCAUGAACACUACCAUAGUAAAACUGGUGUCGCCUUCAUUUGCAUUUGUCCCGGCCUCACCUCUUCCGAAGAGAUGAUGAAUAAACGUGAUAUGAAUUGGAUGAAAUGGGUAUCACAUAAUGAGGAAAUUUGGAAUAUUGUUAAGGAGGCCAAAAUGAUAACGCCACAAGAAUGUGCCGUACAUAUGAUGCAUGUCAUGGAGAGAGCUGUAAAUGGUGGCAUUUAUGUUUGUAGUGUUGGUGUCAUGAAAGAAAUUCAACCUACGGUUUAUGUCGAUUAUUAAGUGUUGAAAUUUUGUGGAGUUAAAUGCAUACAUAAAUUAUGAACAGAUUGAAGGUCUUAUUUAAAUACUUAUGUAAAAUAAAGAUUUUUUAAAAAAAUA